GUCAGCGGUGGGGGAAGAGACAAGCGUGGGGAACAGCAGACCGGGACUGCUCCCGCGGCGGAGGGGGAGCGGCGCGAAGGUGGAACAGCUGCAGGAGAGGCGGGGCUGGGUAGAACGUGACUGUUCCCGGAAGAGCCCGGCGGCAGCGGCCGAGCAGCGCGAGCGCCCCCGCCCCCGCCGCCCCUCUCCCUGCAGCCCGGCGGGCUGUGUGUGUGUCCUGGGGAUGGGGGGCCUGCUCCCCGCUGGGGGUGGCUCCCUGCCGGCAGGGGCUGAGACGCCGCACCCCCGCUGAGCAGCCGAGGCUCCCGGACCAGGCGGAGAAUGGACCAGCCCCCGGCUGCCCCUUAGCUCCGCCGCCGCCGCCGCGGGGAGGGCUGGGCAUGGCCCGGCCUGAGGAGACCAAUGGACGGCAGAGCUACCCAGUUAACACCAAUUGGACCAAGAUGGCUGAUGUAAAUGUAUCCAACUCCUUAAAUGGUUUGAGCUUGAUGGGAAUUCUGGACACCAAAGUGGGCAACAGUAUCCAGAGUCUUCAAAACUUGAAUUCAAGGGCCCCAAGAGUGCUCUCAUUGCCUGAGUAUGGACCUAGUCAGCACUCUAGUGCUUUAGAAGAUAGCCAUAGCCUUAAAUCUGUAGAUUCUGGUAUUCCAACUCUAGAAAUAGGGAAUCCGGAGCCUGUUCACUGCAGUAUGUUAAAUGUGAAGAGAAAACAGUCUGAGCCUGAAAUCAUGCCUGAGAGAACUUUUCAGAGUGCAUGCAUGCUGCUGUCUUAUGUGCCUCCACUUUCUUUGAAUGCUGAACAUGAACACAGUGUACAAAAGUCCUCAACUUUUCCAAGAACUGGAUACGACACAGUGAAACUAUACAGUCCAACUUCCAAAGCUUUGAACCGAAGUGAUGAUAUCUCUGUCUGUAGUGUGUCUAGUCUCAGCACAGAACUGUCAACAACUUUAUCUGUUAGCAAUGAGGACAUUUUGGACUUCAUGGUCACAAGCAGCUCAAGUGCAAUAGUGACCCUGGAGAGUGAUGAAGCACAGUUUUCAGAUGUUACAUUGAAUCCCACUAAGGAGACCAAUGAUCAAAGCCAGCAGGCAUGUUGUCAAGAAGUAGAUGCGGACAGUAAGUUGAAAAUAUUGGGACCCUUCACUAGCUUCUUUGCCAGGAAUUUGUUUACUAGAAACACAAGACUGGACAAACAAAAUGAUUUGGGCUGGAAGUUAUUUGGAAAAGUACCUCUGAGAGAGAAUUCACAGAAAGAUCCAAAGAGAAUACAGAAGGAAUAUGAAGAAAAAACUGGACGAGCUCACAAGCCACUCUCUCCUAAACAGAAUGUGAGGAAAAAUCUUGACUUUGAACCCCUCUCCACCACAGCGCUUAUUCUAGAAGACAGGCCAGCGAACCUCCCUGCAAAACCAGCAGAAGAAGCACAGAAACAUAGACAACAGUACGAAGAAAUGGUGGUGCAAGCAAAAAAAAGAGAGCUUAAAGAAGCCCAGAGGAGAAAGAAACUACUGGAAGAACGAUGUAGACUGGAAGAAAGCAUUGGCAAUGCAGUUUUAAUUUGGAACAAUGAAAUCUUGCCCAACUGGGAAACUAUGUGCUGCUCCCGUAAAGUUCGAGAAUUGUGGUGGCAAGGUAUUCCUCCAAGCGUGAGAGGCAAAGUCUGGAGCUUGGCAAUCAGCAAUGAGUUAAAUAUCACCCAUGAACUCUAUGAUAUUUGCUUGGCUCGUGCCAAAGAGAGGUGGCGAUCACUUAGCAUAGGAGUCUCUGAAGGAGAAUGUGAAGAUGCUGGAUUUUCUGCAGCAGACAGGGAAGCAAGUCUGGAAUUAAUAAAACUGGAUAUUUCUAGAACGUUUCCCAAUCUCUGUAUUUUUCAGCAAGGUGGUCCUUACCAUGACACGUUGCACAGUAUUUUAGGAGCCUAUACGUGUUACAGACCCGAUGUUGGCUAUGUUCAGGGCAUGUCAUUCAUAGCUGCAGUAUUGAUCUUGAAUUUGGAUACUGCAGACGCCUUCAUUGCUUUUUCUAACCUUCUGAAUAAACCCUGUCAGAUGGCAUUUUUUCGAGUGGACCAUGGCCUUAUGUUGACCUAUUUUGCAGCAUUUGAGGUAUUCUUUGAAGAAAAUCUGCCAAAGUUAUUUGCUCACUUCAAAAAAAAUAACUUGACUCCUGACAUCUAUCUUAUUGAUUGGUGCUUGCAGUCUGAGACGGAUACAUAGCACAAGACAUACCAGGAGAUCCAAAGGAGAGUGCAAAUUUAGGGUAUUCGGAUUUUGUUCACUUCUUUAAUGUAAAAUUGGAAUGGAAAAGCUGUGGUGUAGGUAGUGUGUGUAUGUGUAUGGUGGGGGAGCAGGGAGAGAUGAACCUUUGCGAGGGAUUGCAGUAAUGGAAGGAUGAGGACAUGUUGAGUUGUGGCUGGGAUGCUGUUUCAUGCACAGGGAUAGCAUGAAAGAAGGCAUGAGAGUGGGAGUAGGAGGUGCACAAAGCCUUGGAAGCAACCUUGAAAAGCUUUGGCAAGGGGCAAGUGGGGAAGCCAGUGGAGAGGAGUCAAAGAUGUCAGAUACAGCAGCGAUUCUCAGCCAGGGGUCCAGGGUCCCCUGGUGGGCCGCAAGCAAGUUUUAGGGGGGCUGCCAAGUACAGCCAGCAUUCGACUCACUGGGGCCCAGAGUAAAACGUUGAAGCCCCACUGCAUGGGGCUGAAGCCCAAGGCCCUGAGUCCCGCUACCUGAAGGGCUGAAGCUUACACCUGAGCAAUGUAGCUUUGUGGGGGGGCCCUUUGGCAUGGGGCCAGAUUAUUUAAUUAUGUCAUAAUCAUACCCCCAUGAUGAAUAUGGGGUGUAGUGUCGCACCUUCUUCUUAAGAAUGGAUUUAAACCUGCCCUGCCACGCCCUGUAAUUCACUGUGGUUAUAGGUAGGGAGUUUGGGACCAGAUGGAAGUAAAAGAUCUUGCACCAGGAUGAAAUAACGUUUCUCUGUAUGCUUUACAGUAUGUGAUACCAAACACAACAUGCUCCAGAGGACCUUUUUCAGGCUCUAGAAGUGCAUGACUGCUUCCCAGGAGCAGACAGCUGCAGGUUAUCCACUAACUUAUGGGUAUUCUCCUGCAAGAUCUCUGCUUGAAUGCCCAGUGAAACAGCCAUGUGCUGCAAAAUGUCCUUAUGGGCCUUGAAAUCCUUCAGCAUUGGAGAAGAGGAAGAACUAGGCACUGCUUUAUUGUGUGGUAUGAAGAAGGGCUGGUUAACUCUGCCAAGGCUGGCUCCCAUUCCUGGACCAGCGGAGCUGGAAGAGGCAGCUCCAUGGGCUCCACACAGGAAAGGCUCACUGGUGCCGGAACAUGCAGUGGGUCCACAGUUCCCAUCACCGAUAUGCCCAGCAACCUCACCUUAGAGCAAGCUGAGGAGUGCAAUCUCUGUGACUCAGCAGCAUCCCAUGGGUUCCCUGAGGUCACUGGUAAGGAUAGGGCAUGAGUGGCCAAAGGGGGCCCCAGCCCGACUGCGAGAUGAGUGCUGGUGCCCGUAGUGCUCCGUAAAUGGUCCCCGAUGUGGAGCUGAUGAUGGCGAGCAGGAGGAGGAAGACCCCGACCUUGAUGUUGAGGAGCCUCGGGUUUCUGGGAUAAAGGUGGGCCCAGUCCUGAGGGAGUGAGUAAUCAGUCUGACUCAUCUGUCAGACCGGAACGAGGCCGGACCUGGUGCCAAUGAUGGAAGCGGUACCACUGGCACCAAGUAUACCAGUGACUGAGGCAGCAUCAGCCCCCAAGUCACCAGCAGCAGUGGAGGGUGGUGAAAGCUGCUAAGGUAACAUCUGCAGGACUCACUGCAGCAGUGCUGAGGAGUGUCCUGGCACUGAGGUCCUUUGCAUCAAGUCUGGUACCUGCCCUUGUUCCACAGACUGUGGAAGGGGAACAUUGGGGUGCGGUGCUGAGGGACCCAAGGGAUUCAGUGGCCCAUCCAGCCAACAGAGCUAUAAACGAUGCUGACGUGGCAAAGUGCUGGGCCAAAGAAGGUCAGGAUGGAAAGGUAGAGGAGGUCGGUAGCCACCUGGUACGCCACUGACAUGAAAACUCUGCCAGCAUCGGCCCCAUUGGUACAGGAUUCAACAGACGCCCUGGGGCCAGAACCGGAGUUUAUAGUACGGUGUCUGUAACAGUGAGCAGUUAUAGGCACCAUCCCCCAUGCCAGCAGGAGCCAUGUGCAGAUCCACACUCUUCCUGGGGGAGGCGGAAGAGUCGAUCAGUCUUAUGCAACCUUUUCCCCUGUGCACUCUAUGGGGAAUGGCUCCUGCUCCAGACUGCGAAGCAGCAGGACUUUCUGAACCUGAGGGCGAACUUCAAUCCAAGGAGGGCAUAAGGGUCAAAGCAGGCCACAUGGCCUGUUCAACCCGGUGCUGUUUGAGUCUAUUUCAUGAAUGAUCUAAAGAUCGAUCACGACUCCUUGACAUGGGCCUCUCCCAAGUACAGCAAGCACUGCAUGUGGGGAUCAUUGUUUGGGGUCAUUCCCCCCCACACGAUGGACAAUGUUUAAACUCUAGUGAGGGCAUCACAGGGGAAUACUUAACUAAAUAUAACUAACACUGAGGGUACUACUAACUCUAUACCACUAAAAUCAGAGGUUGUGAGGUUAAGACCACACAGAGCUCUGACUUCAGCCAUGGGCAGUAAGAAGGAACUGAAGGGGGUCAGGACAGCACUGCCUCAUAUAGCCAAGGGAGAGGCUAUGGCCAUGAGGUGCAAGUGCCGCCCCUCUACAGGAGCUGCUAAGCAAAACUCUCUGGCUCUGAUGCACUGGGCGUACACGCUCCUAAGUGGAAUACAUGGCUGCAUCUACUCGAAGAGCCAGAGUAUUUAAGUCAUAACUAUUUUAAUAACAAGAGUUCCACUGGUGGAUUUUAGAGACUCAAGGCUUGCUAUCGAGCAAUCGAUAUGUGUAGCAUAGUACGUUUGUGCAGAGCCUGUGUACAGAGUACCUUUUGGACAGGUCUUUUCCUUCCCAGGAGUAGAUGAAAGAAGAUAGCAUUGUUUUCAACUGUAACAAUUUGGUUAAUGCUGAAGUAGAAAAAUCUCUGCCAUCCAACAAAUUUAUUUGUAUUUGUAAUCACUAACGGACCUAAUCAGAAUGGGAUCACUAUUGUAGUAGGUAUUGUAUGAAUGUUAAAGACACAGGCCCUGCCCUGAAGAUUGCAGUGUACGUUAAUAAAGAUUCAGCAAGUGAGGAUAGGUAACAGUACAAGGAAAGAGAGGGAGGACCAGGGUAUGCAGCUGAAUGGUUCAACAGUGCGUAUAACUGGAUUCUAAGAAAUUAGUUUUUAGAAAAGAUUUUGUGCAACUAAACAGAUGUGUUAAAAGGAUAAAGUAGAUGGCAUUUCUAUUAUAAAGUCUGACUUGGGUUUAACUGGUGUGCUUCAAUUACGUCAGGCCAAAAUGUGACAUACCCUGAUACAAAAUUCUGUAUAAAGUUAUUUUGAUUAAAUAAAAACUCAUAGGCUGUUGCUCAUCAUGGUCAUACCAUGGCAUCAGGGCUGACUUCUGCUGUCAUUUUCAGUGUCACUUCUGCUUUUUUUGCAAGUUAUCAGUGAUUGUGCUCUCGUUGUGUGGCAUCCCAAAGGCCAGCUAGCACUUCCCUAAAAUACUUGUAUAUGCACAUUUUCAUCAUAACGGAGCUGAAAGGAGCAGGGACCUGUAGUACUUUCUCCUCCCCCGAUUCCACCUAACAGCAUCCAUGGCUGUGUUUUAAAUUACUCUAAUAUCUGACAUCCCUUUAUUUGUUAAUAAACCCCUCCUAUCCAUAGUACAGAUUUUCCCACUAAGAGAAAGCACAUGCAUGAUAGGGACAGAAAUGUUCUAAGAGCUAGUGGCAUAGUUGCCUCCCUGUCAGUACUGCUCUAUUACUUUAACUUGUAAUAAAUUCAGCUUCAGAGCAGUAGCUGAGAUUUCUGAUAGUUACAAAUAUUUCAGUUUGAACUUCUGUUAGAGUAUGUGCAAUAUCAAUUUUUAAUCAUUGUUUUAAGCACUGGUUUACAGUGCACUGUUUUGUUCACUAAUCCACAGGGUCUGAUGACAAACCCCAGGGAUUUAUACAUAAACUCCUUACUAGCAUUAAUGAGUUAAUUAUCCCAAUUCCUUUCAAUUUCUGAAGAGAAUAGAGUAUGAUUAGUGCUUUCAGAGUGAUUCUUUUUAUCCUACAAGUAAAUUUUUUCCGUAAAGGAGAGGUUAUUCUAGUGCAUGGAGCUGAAAAUUACUGUAACUUUCUGCAUAGCUGUCAUUUUUGUGCACAUGGGUAAUUUAGGUCAGGACUGAAGUCAUGACAACAGAACAGCUUUUAUGGAUAAAGACAGAGCAAAUGAACGCAUUCAUCAUCCAAUUUUAAUGAUACACAGUCGGCUCUAGAGACUAUCUAUUUGCCAUGUGCCCUGAUGACCACGUAGUGCAGGGGUCGGCAACCUUUCAGAAGUGGUGUGCUGACUCUUCAUUUAUUCACUUUAAUUUAAGGUUUUGCCUGCCAGUAAUACAUUUUAACGUUUUUUUAGAAGGUCUCUCUCUAUAAAUCUAUAUAUUAUGUAACUAAACUAUUGUCGUAUAUGAAGUAAACAAGGUUUUCAAAAGUUCAAGAAGCUUCAUUUAAAAUUAAAUUAAAAUGCUGAUCUUACGCCGCCAGCCCGCUGCCAGCCUGCGGUUCCAUUCACCUAGGCCGGCAGCAGGCUGCACAGGUCCUGUGGCCGGGACCCUGGCUAGCAAGGGGCCGGCAGCCAGAACCCCAGACUGGCAGUGGGCUUAUCGGGGCCAGCGGCCUGGACCCCAGACUGGCAGUGAGCUGCACGGCUCAGCCCACUGCCACUCAGCCCGCUGCCAGUCUGGGGUUCCAUCCGCCGGCUCCUGCCAGCCAGGGUCCCGAUUGCUGGCCCUCCUUAGCCCGCUGCCGGUCUGGGAUCCUGUCCCUGCCCACAUAGAGUGGGUACCUACCUUCUCCCUGGUUCUAGCCCAUUCUCUUUCCCCCCCCCCCCGCACUGAGCUGAGGGUGGGAGUGCACUGAGCACAGGGCUGGGGAUGAAGGAGCAGGUU